GGAUUAAUUACUUCACUACACAAAUACAAACACAUACCCUCUUAAGAGAAUAAAAAAUGGCUACUCAUGAGAAGCAAAAGAAAGGCUUCAUCAUGAGUUUCUACAUGUCCGCCACUAAAAUUUCUCACAGGCAAAAAACCAACCACCAGCCAAAUGUUGUUACGAAUAAUGCUGUGUUGUCACGUAACUUCUCGUCAAGAAAAUCGAGAAAUUAUCAAGAAACCGUGCAUGGCGGUGCAAGGGUGGCGGAGGGAGGAAUGGUGGAGGCGAGAAAGUCGGUGUCUCAUGUGGAAACGAAUAUAGGAUCGGUGGCUUCAUUUCUUCAGGUGAAGGUAUUAGUGACGGAUAUGCCUGGAUCUAUGCAAGUUCGUGCCUUCAGGUGUGCGAGGAGGACUUAUGAUAGCUUGGAUAAAUUUAGCUCUAAACACAUGGCGUUCAACAUCAAGAAGGAAUUUGAUAAAGUGUAUGGGCCGGCCUGGCAUUGCAUUGUGGGCUCAAGUUUUGGGUCAUUUGUGACCCAUUCAACUGGUUGUUUCCUUUAUUUCUCAAUGGACAAUCUUUACAUUUUAGUAUUUAAGACCAAAGUUCAAAGAGCUUUGGAGAACUGAUUGUUUUUUUUUUUUUUAAUUUCAUUUGAAUAUUUACAUAUGGUUUCAGAGUAAAAUUCCUUUAUGUACAUACAGAAUUUAUUUUAUUUUAUUUUA